AACAACACAAUCAACAACACAAACAACAAUAGAAACAACACAAACAACAAUAGAAACAACACAAACAACAAUAGAAACAACACAAUCAACAACACAAACAACACAAAUGACAACAGAACCAACACAAUCAACAACACAAAUGACAACAGAACCAACACAAUCAACAACACAAACAACAAUAGAAACAACACAAUCAACAACACAAACAACACAAAUGACAACAGAACCAACAACAGAACCAACAGCACAAACUUCAACACAAUCAACAACACAAACACAACCAAUUACAGAAACAACAUCACAACCAACAACACAAUCAAUAUCAGAAGCAAAUACUAUUUCCCAUCCUUUCACGACAAGAACAGAACAAACAUCGCAACCAUUAGAACUGACUUCACAGAUGGAAUCCUUACUUAACAAUACUUUGACAGAAAGUACAACAGCUCAAAUGGAAACAACGAACACUAUACCAUCAAUGACUACGAGUUCCACCAUAGAAUCAACCAUGAAUACUAACAUGGCUGAGUCCACAGUAAAGAUAAAUCUUACUUUAUCUACUUCAGCACCUAUCACCACAACUGUGGAACAGAAAUAUGCUACAAAACUAAAUGCCAUAUACCUCAUUACGACAAAACCACAAAC